UGGGAGCAGAUACCUGUCAAAUUCGGGUACCCACUCCCACUUCUGGUCUGAACGCCUAGGCGAUCGGAAUCGGAAGGUGUCCUCCCUCCCUGUAGUCUUUUGGGACACGUGACAGGUCCCAGAAGAUUACAGGACCAUUCAUGAAGCGCAGUGCUACUCGCGCAUGCGCAGUGGGUAUCCGGCUGUGAAGCCGCAAGCUGUCACAGCCGAGUGCCCACACGGAAGAUGCCGACACCUGGAUCACAGGACGGCCGGUAAAACGGGCUGCGGGGGACACACCGCG